AUGUCGGUAAGAGAUCGUACGGCACCCGGUCCCGACAAAAAAAGACCAGCACACCCGGAAAACCUUCUGCCAGUACUCAUCAACACCCUAGCGAGGCUCUUUACACGUUACCUGUUGGAAUGCAAAGUUCCCAAACAGUGGAAGACCAGCAAGACCGUGUUGUUGUAUAAAAAGGGUCUACAUGACAUCGGCAACUAUCGUCCAAUCUACCUACUGUCCGUCACCUACAUGCUCUCUACAGGAGUGAUCCUAAAUCACCUUGAUCACCUUGACUCCCGUUGA